UGGUGGACGCGUGACGGCAGCGUGGGGACCCCUGAAAGCAGAGCGGCCGGGCGCCGGGAAGUGUAGCUGGCCGAGCCCCCUCUGGCCGCGCCAUGCCCGGUUGGAGGCUGCUGGCUCAGGCCGGCGCGCAGGUGCUGGGCCGCGGCCUGGGCGGCCUGGGCGCUGCCCGGGGCUCGGGGAACAGAACAGACAUCUGGCUUUUGGUUAGAAGUCUCCAUGGCAAGAGUGGUACUUGGUGGGAUGAGCAUCUUUCUGAAGAAAAUGUUUCGUUCAUCAAGCAGUUGGCCUCUGAUGAAAAUAAAGCCCAAUUAGCAAGUAAACUGUAUCCUCUGAAAGAUGAACCGUGGCCUGUUCAUCCGUGGGAACCAGGUUCCUCUAGAGUAGGCCUUAUUGCCCUGAAGCUGGGCAUGAUGCCUCUAUGGACCAAAGAUGGUCAGAAGCAUGUGGUCACAUUACUUCAGGUACAAGACUGUCACGUCCUAAAAUACACCCCAAAGGAAAACCAUGAUGGAAAAAGGGCAGCCCUAACUGUAGGAGGAAAAACUGUAUCACGUUUCCAUAAAUCUACAUCUGUAUUGGAAUUUUACCAAGAACUUGGAUUGCCGCCAAAACAGAAAGUUAAAAUCUUUCAAGUAACAGACAAUGCUGUAAUUAAGCCAGGCACACCUCUUUAUGCUGCUCACUUUCGCCCAGGACAGUAUGUGGAUGUCACAGCCAAAACUAUUGGUAAAGGUUUUCAAGGUGUCAUGAAAAGAUGGGGAUUUAAAGGCCAGCCUGCUACUCAUGGUCAAACAAAAACCCACAGGAGACCUGGAGCUAUUUCAACUGGUGAUGUUGCGAGAGUCUGGCCUGGAACUAAAAUGCCUGGACAAAUGGGCAACAUACAUAGAACAGCAUAUGGACUGAAAGUGUGGAGAAUAAACACAAAGCACAAUAUAAUCUAUGUAAAUGGCUCUGUACCUGGACAUAAAAAUUGCUUAGUAAAGAUCAGAGAUUCUAAACUGCCUGCAUAUAAGGACUUCUGUAAAAAUCUACCAUUUCCUACAUACUUUCCUGAUGGAGAUGAAGAGGAACUACCAGAAGAUUUGUAUGAUGAGAAUGUGUGUCAGCCUAGUGCCCCUUCUAUUACAUUUGCCUAACCUCAUUGGACAGUGGAACCUCACAUAUUCUAUGAGCUUUGAUGAGCCAGAACAAUAAUAUAACCAGGAAUUAAAUUUUCCUUUCUUAGUCACAGCAAUACCACACUUGUCAUCUUUGUCAAGGGCGUAAAUGUAUCAUUCAUCCCCCAACUCAAUUUGUGGUAAAAAAAAAAAAUUACCACAUUAAACAAAUCAGUUAAGUAGACUGGAUAUGUCAAAUUUAGAUGGAUUGGCAAUUUACAUAUUAGCAAAGUCUUUGUAAUAUGUGGGCUUCAUUCUUUUUUUACUACGUAUUUCUCAAGUUAUCUUAAGAUGUUUAUAAAUUUAACUUUUAUUAAAGAUUUGUCUGUCUUUGUGAAGGGGUGGUUGAGGAGCACUGGCAAACCAUAUGGGGACUAUGACGGUGGUGCAACCUAUUUUGAUAAAAGAAACCAGUUCCUAAAAUUCAUUUUUAUCAGUCUACAUUUUAGAGCCCUAAAGAGAGAAAGGAAGUAAGAUUUUUAUUUAAAUUACAGAAAUAUAUAUGUCACAGUUAAAGACUUGACAAAGGAAAGACAAUAAAAUCAUAUUAUGGAUCCGAUUUACACUUUUGUUGGGAGGAAUAGUUAUUUUUUAGUUUGAUCACUCAACUAUAAGAUAGAUGUAAUCAUUUUUCCUUGAUGCCUUCCAGAAAGGAUUUGAAAUAGCCUGGGAUUGUACAUUCAACAAACUUAUUAAUUACCUAUUACUAAAAAUGUUAAUGGCCCCUGGAUUUCUCUUCAUUGUAUGAAAUUAAAAUGUGUUUACUAAUGGCUACUUAUGAUAAAUAAUUAAGCUUAACAAUGGAAGUACAAGCAGGCCUCAUUUAACUGCUGGAUUUCCUCAGGACCAGAUUCCUGAGGACCCACAGAAUCCAACUUAACCCCAGAUGUUUUCUGAGACUUGAUUCAUAUGGUCACCUAAGAGACUUAUUAUAGAGUUAAGUCUCCUUGUGAUUUCCUGAUAAGUAAUGGAUUUGUUAUUAAAAGAUCCAACAAUA